CAGCGGCCGCAGCUGGACGGGCUCUGCCCGGGGAGCCCGCGGGUCCCAGCGCAGCGGGGAGGCUGGAGCCGGGGACUCGGCGGAAAGCGCCGCCCGCGAGGGCCGGUGUGGCUCCCGGGCCGCGGGGGAGGAGGGGCGCGCCGGGACGUGGCCGCAGCGCUGACCGCUAAAGCAGGUAUUUCAGAUUUGAAACAAAUCUGUGUUCGUGAAGAAUGACUGCGUACAAAACACAAUAUGUCAAGAAAGAUAAAAGAUCCAAUAGAACUAUUUCAUUCUGGGCAGUUUGUAAAAGUCUCCGCCCCAAUGGUUCGAUAUUCAAACAGGAGAAAGAUGAGGCACCACCUCUUUACAAUCAGGUCGAGGUAGAAGUCCAGGUUCCCCAUUUAGUCUCCUUUGACACUCUGAGGGCAAAGGGCUCCUCAUUCCUGCUGAGCAGCAGGGAGAGUUCCAGGUUAGCUUUUAGAACACUAGUAAGAAAGUACAAUUGUGAUCUGUGCUACACACCAAUGAUAGUAGCUGCUGAUUUUGUCAGAUCUGAAAAAGCCAGAGACAGUGAAUUUACCACAAACCAAGGUGAUUGCCCAUUGAUUGUUCAGUUUGCUGCUAAUGAUGCAAGACUUUUAUCUGAUGCUGCUCGUAUAGUCUGUCCUUAUGCGAAUGGAAUAGACAUUAACUGUGGUUGCCCUCAGAGGUGGGCAAUGGCUGACGGUUAUGGAGCUUGCUUAAUAAACAAGCCAGAGCUUGUUCAAGAUAUGGUGAAACAAGUAAGAAAUCAAGUGGAAAAUCCCAGAUUUUCAGUAUCUAUUAAAAUAAGGAUCCAUGAUGACCUUGCAAGAACUGUGGAUCUUUGUCGAAAGGCUGAAGCAACGGGAGUCUCCUGGAUUACAGUCCAUGGGAGAACCGUUGAAGAAAGACACCAGCCAGUUCACUAUGAAGCUAUUAAAAUAAUUAAGGAAAAUAUGUCUAUACCGGUUAUUGCUAAUGGAGACAUCAGAAGCUUAAAAGAAGCAGAAAAUGUGUGCCAUAUUACUGGUACAAAUGGUGUGAUGGUUGCAAGAGGACUCUUAGCAAACCCAGCCAUGUUUGCUGGAUAUGAAGAAACCCCCCUGAAAUGUAUCUGGGAUUGGGUUGACCUUGCUCUUGAACUUGGAACUCCUUUUAUGUGUUUCCAUCAACAUUUAAUGUACAUGAUGGAAAAGAUAACUUCCAGGCAAGAAAAAAGAAUAUUUAAUGCUUUGUCAAGCACAUCAGCAGUCUUAGAUUACCUUACAGACAAUUAUGGGAUUUGAUUGGACUUCCUAAAUUGUUUUAAUAUGUACUUUAAAGGAAUUGUGUUUUUUAAAGUUUUUAAAUAAAUUUUUUAUUUUAAUACUAAAA